GCCGGUCUUGGAAGUUUAACCGCGUCAUCACCUAGUGUACGCUCUGCUAACCAAAGUAAUCUGCGGUGAACAAAUUUGAAGAAGAAGUUGGAAAGCCCCUGUGUCUGGGGGAUCCCCCCUGUCUCGCAAUGCUCGCAGAGCCCCGAGACACGAAACAAAUCACACAUGAUGAGCCUGUGGUGGCCUGUUGUCGCGUACGACCCCUUCAAGUCAUUCUAUCGUACCCAGGCUAGAGCGGAUAAUCGCUAGCCACUGUCUUGGUCUAUCGAAUUCCCGACGACAAGAUGCCGCGGCCAAAGGUUCACCCAAGUCAGCGUCAGCGUGCCGCUGAAGCAUGCAACUUUUGCCGCGCGUCCAAGAAGCGGUGCAGUGCCACCGUCCCUUGUACCGCCUGCCAGAGACGGGGCAUCGGAGACUCGUGCUAUCUCACCCAUCGGCCUCGAGGCUCUAGAAGGGUUCCGCCUCGGACAAGGAGCUCGGCCCCGGAGCAGGCCCCGACCUCACCAAGCGGUGGAGACGGUAUCCCGGAUAGCCUGGAUGCCUCGCUGGAUCAGCUUCCGCAAGAGUCUGCAUGGGGCCGGGCCGGGUUUGGUCAGGUUGUUGCUCCGGAGUGGUGCCCGGAGGAUGAACCAGCUUCUAUGGACAAUGAUGCAGAUGCCGACUACCAGCCGCUUACUCCGUCCGAUUCCCGAAUAAGCAUGUCCGAUGCGACCACGAACAGAUCCGCACACCCAUCAACGCAAUUACCAGCAAGGCUAGGGUCUCCAGCUCUAGAACCGGAGUCUCAUGCCCGGAUGCUACUGAAUCUACGAGGAGAACGAGUCUAUAUCGGCGAGGCUGCAUCUCUAUCGUUCCUUCAGCUCAUCAGGGAUACUGUGACGGCUCAAAUCGGGCCCUCCCAAUUUUCUCACAAUGAGAAGCGCGAUAGUAUGCUAGAGACAGAGCCCUCGGCCGUUGACUCGAAUGGUUUAGAGCCGUCCAAUUGCAACAUAGAUUUAGAGGGCAGCCUACUCUACGCCCGUACCUUCGAAGCUGCUACGGGUGGGCUUUUAGAUAUCUUUGGGCCAACAGAAAUAGAGGAUAUUCUGUUAAAGACUGGAACCGAUGGGGCUCAGUCUCUCAAUCCGUGCCAACAUGCUGCCAUUGACCUUGUGAUAGCCAUCGGCGCUCAGUGCAAAUCUCCAAUGGAUGCACAACAGAUCGGGCCAGCUUAUUUUCGUCAAGCACAACAGCGUGCAUUCGCCGGCAUGCUGGAGGAUCCAAACAUUGACAUGGUCCGCGCAUUUCUUCUAAUGGCCUUUUAUAUGCUUGGCCGCUGUCGGAGAAAUACUGCAUUCAUGUACUUGGGGAUUGCAUCGAGGGCUGCAGUUGCUCUUGGAAUGCACAGCCCACAUUCUUACACGGACUUGAAGAAUCCAUUGUGUCAGUUGAGGCUUCACAUUUGGAUGAGUCUUUGUGUCUUGGAUAUGCUGGUGUGCUCUAUACUCGGGAGACCGCCUGCAACUGCUGGCCUGAGGGCGGAACUUGACACGAGCAUCAUCGCUUCAUACCAGCCGUUAUCCUCGCGGCCCGAUUCACGCACUGCAAGUCUGUUUGCGUCGUACAAAAUACUUACAAUCAUCAAUGAAAGCGUCGAUGCUCUAUACGGCAGGAAAGUUGUGUCCACAGGCAUGGUGGAAUCCUUUCUGAACAAAAUCGAAGACUGGAGUAAAGGUCUUCCCAGCUUUCUCCGCAAUCCUCUUACAUCUAAAGGCUCUCCGUCGCAAAAAGCCGCCACGGAUAGCAUACACGUCGCUUGUCUCUACUACUUCGCCAUCACUCUUGUCACUCGGCCUAUACUGAUAUCCAGGCUCACGUCUCGCCGUAAUUCCGCGACACCUUCGUCUUCACCCAUGGCAUCCGCCUGUCUUGACGCGGCAGUAUAUCUGGUACAGACAUGCUCGGAGGCACACAAGUCAGGCUUAUUGCUUGGUAAUAUGUGCAUAUUAAAGGCCUUGAUAUUCGCUGCUGGGCUUAUUCUUGGAUUUGACAUGUUUGCCAAAAGAGAGCUAGAUUACGAGGUUGAAGUAGCCUUCCGCAGCGCCAAAGACGUCCUCGACUUCUUGGGCGUUCAAAGCCCUCAAGCCAGCCAUUACUCAGAAAUUCUAGGUCUUUUAUCCAAUGCAAUCACGAAACGACGGAUGAAACUGUCUUCACGCCCUCGAAGUAGGUAUGUUGGAAAGCUGGUAUCUUUUAGCGACGGAGGAGACUCUAGUCAAGAUAACAUCACCAACGAUAAUGAGGCUCUGCCUCUUAAUAAUACUGGAGGGCUUUCAAUGGAUGAAGAUAUGUUACGAGGAUGGGACAGUCUGGAUCUGUCACAGUGGGAUAGUUUUCCCUUUUUCAACCCAAGGUCGUUCUGGCCCUGA